GCUAAGAAACGUAUGCACUUCUCUCUUCUCCUCAUUUAUCACUUUCACUUGUGCUCUUCUACGACAAUAAUUCCUCCUCCUUCUCUUUCUCCUCCAGACACGAGAAUUCAAUAUUUUUCUUCCAGAUUUUCGGUUAAACUCCUAAUUUAUCUCUGUUCUGGAAGGAAAUUGGAAAUAAUCGAUGGCUCCGGUUGAUGAUUCGAAUAGCGAUCUGUCGAUUAUGAUCGACGAAACCUACGAGUUCUCUGCACCUCGCUUCUUUGAUUUCAUCAAUGGCGAGUCUGAGGAGGAUAAGUGCGCAGCUGAACUCUGGUUCGACACGGCUCUCACCUAUGCUCCUUCGCCUUGUAUGCCAAAAAUCAAGACUGCUAGAUCGAUUAAGGUUGAGAACUUGUGCGAUUUCAACCAAGCGGAAGAAAUGCAGAAGAAUUCAGAGUUAUACAGUUCAAAUUCUGUUGAUACCGUUGAACCAACUACAUCUCAAACUGUAAUCGUGCCAAGCGAAACUAACAAGGAGUUUAAACCUAGCGAGCCCAGUGGAGAAAAGGCAUCUACCCAAAAUGAAGCUACUGAAAAAGAUAAAGUAGAGAUUACUCGUACUUGUGAAGAUGGAAGAGGAAAUUCUUCAAAUGGUGGAAUCCAACGUAAAGAUCAUGAACAGAAGCGGAGUGUUUUAGAAUCUCAAGUCCAAAAUGAUGCUUGUACUCCCCUGCCAACUUUGAGUACUCACAAGGGUGAACAACGAACGAAAGGUGCCACUUCCAAGAGGCAGGAGACAUCAAGAAAAAUUGCCAGUAUGGUAAAGAAUUCGUCGGCUCUGAAAGCCAGAAGUCAGUUGCAGUUAUCACAAACCAAAAAUGUUAAACCAAUUAGUGCCAAGAGGGAAACUAACAUGAAAAAGACAAGUGGAACUCCGUCUUUAGCUCAAGAAAAUCAAGCAAUUAAGCGGCAAAAGUUGGAUGGUGGUCUAUCUAGACAGAUUCUCAAUGUCAAACCCCAUACUUUACUUCACAAGUCAAAAGUUGGAUCCUCGAGCUUGUGUUCUUCAGUUGCUGACAAAACUAACAAAGAAGAAAGGAAAAUGUAUGUUCGAGAACCAGCACCAUUUGUUUCAAUGGCUGAAAUGAUGAGGAAGUUCCAGUCAAGCACCAGAGAUUUAUCAUUGCCUAAUGUCAAUAAAUCUCAUUCUCAGGAUGCUGGUAGUUUUACACAGUCGAAGUCGAAACUGACUUUGACUAGGCCAAAGGUUCCUGAAUUUGAAACAGCUCAAAGAGUUCGCUCAACCAAGGUGAAGAGCUCAGCUGAGAUAGAGGAGGAGAUGAUGGCCAAAAUGCCGAAGUUCAAAGCUAGACCACUCAACAAAAAGAUCAUGGAAGCUCCCAAAUUACCUGUAGUACCGAGGAGCACACCCCAGCCUCCUGAAUUCCAGGAAUUUCACCUUGAGACAAUGGCAAGAGCGAACCAACAUGCAGAUUCAGCUUCAGUAAUAUCUACAGAAUCGUCCCGUCAGAAUAAUCAAUGGAAACCUUUUCUUACCGAACCUAAGACCCCUGUUCUGCACACGUCACUAAGGGCUCGUCCACCACGGGCGAAGAGUUUCCUUGAAAUUGAGCAGGAGGCACUGGAGAAAAUUCCCAUGUUUAAAGCAAGGCCAUUAGAUAAAAAGAUAUUUGAAAGUAAGGGAGAGUUGGGCAUGUUCUGUAACAUGAAAAAACACGUAACUAAACCACAAGAAUUUCAUUUUGCAACAAAUGAGAGAAAUCCUCCACCACCAAGUGUUGUUGCUGAUCUUAUCGACAAGCUCUCAAUAUGUUCUGAUACUCGCAGCCAUAAUCCAUUGCCAAGAAACACCAAGCCCAACCCUUUUCAUCUAUACACAGAGGAAAGAGGGGCGGAGAAAGAAAGAAAAUUCUUCAUGGAACUUGUGCACAAGCAAUUGGAAGAGGAAAGAGCUGCCAUUCCAAGGGCUACCCCAUAUCCUUAUACUACAGAUUACCCUGUGAUUCCACCAAAACCUGAGCCCAAGCAAUGCACCAAACCUGAACCUUUCCAAUUGGAAAGUCUUGUGAGGCACGAGGAAGAAAUGCAGAAGGAAAUGGAAGAAAGACGCAGAAUAGAGGAAGAAGAGGCCAGAAUGAGGAAUUUCAAGGCUCUGCCGGUUCUAAAAGAGGACCCAAUUCCACUGCCAGAGAAAUCACGGAAGCCCCUCACAGAAGUUCAAGAAUUCAAUCUUCAUGUUGAUAAUCGAGCGGUGGAUAGAGCAGAGUUUGAUCAAAAGAUCAAGGAGAAAGAGGUGAUGUACAAGAGAUACAGAGAAGAGAGCGACGCAGCAAGAAUGGUGGAGGAAGAGAAAGCAUUGAAACAACUGAGAAGAACCUUGGUUCACCAUGCUAGACCAGUGCCCAAAUUCGACCAUCCAUUUCACCCCCAAAGGUCUGUUAAGGAAACAACAAAGGCCAAGUCGCCAAACUUGCGUGUCCUCCAGAGAAGAAAGGAGAGGCAAACUUUGAUGAAAGUUGCAAUGUCCAGCCCCGCAGCUCAGUUAAGGUGAAGGAAGAAACCUGACCGACCAAUGUAUGUUCAAGAACUCUUGAACUAUAACCCCUCCAGUAGAAGAAGGAGCAGUUUUAUUCUACUUGUACCAAUUUUAUAUUCUUUUUGUGUAGCACCAUGUAAAGAAUUAACUUGGGAAAUUAGAGGUUAGAGAUAAUAUGUUCUAAGUAGUUCCAUUUCCCUUGUCUGACGAAAAAUAUAUAUCAGGGACCCCCAAAGCAUCCUACUCUUUAGUAAAAUGCGGACGAAAUUUUA